UACACCCGCAAUCGUAUAUAUAGUCGACAGACCACGAUCAAUAAUCAUCAUUCAAUCCAACAUCGUCCAACCAUCAACAUUCAACAUGAUGAAAAUCGCUACAGCUCUUGCCAUAUUGGUGGUCGCAGCACUUGUCAGUGCCGACGCAUCCAAAGAUGCUACUAAGAAGGCGGCCAACAAAGAAAAAAGAUUCGCUGACUUUGGAUACGGACUGUCUGGUCUGGGAUACAAAUCAGGUCUCAGUUACGGUUCCGGUCUCGGCUACAGCUCCGGUCUAGGCUACGGAUCCGGUCUUAGCUACGGCUCCGGUCUGGGCUACAGCUCUGGAUUGAAAUACGGUUCCGGUCUCGGCUACAGCUCCGGAUUGGGAUACAGCUCCGGUCUUGGCUACGGAUCCGGUCUGAGCUACGGCUCGGGUCUGGGCUACAGCUCUGGUUUGAAAUACGGUUCCGGUUUGGGACUGUCAUCUGGCUUGGGAUACUCCAGCGAUGCUGUCGUCACCUCUGCCGCCCCGGCACCGACCACCGGUCCCCUGAUCCCGAUCUCCAAGGAAGUGCACAUCGUCAACCGUCACGCUCAACCAGUGUCCGCCCCGUACCCAGUGCCAGUUCAACACGACGUGCCAGUCGCCGUACCACACCCCGUGCCUUACGCAGUCGACACCCCAUACCCAGUCAAAGUACCCGCCCCAUACCCAGUUCCAGUCGAAAGACCAGUCCCGUACGCAGUCGACAGGCCAGUUCCUCAUCCAGUAGCCUCACCAUACCCAGUUCCAGUAGUUCACGAUGUUCCCGUGCCCGUAUCCAAACCGUACGCUGUUCCAGUAGUCAAACAAGUUCCAGUACCGGUAGCCAGCCCAGUCGUCGUACACCAAUCAACCCCAUUGAUCGCAUCCAGCUACAGCUCUGGACUUGAAACGUCUGCCAUCGGUGCCAGUUACGGUUCCGGUUACGGUUACGGUUCUGGUUACGGUUCUGGUUACGGUUACGGUUCCAGCUACGGACUAUCGUCCUACGGAUCUGGCAGCCACUACAGUGGAUCUCUGGGAUACAGCAGCGGAGACUUGUACGGCCAUGAACACAGUUUCGACUACAAGAAAUAGAACUUUCAACGCGACUCCCACCCAGCCCGACAAAAACGAAUCUUCUAGAUCUUUCUUUUAUACCGUGUAUAUUUUUAUAGACAAUUUUUCUUUUUAUAUUUAAAAUAUUGUUAAUAACCAAAAGUUGUUAACUAAAAUAAAUAUUUUUAUUUGUUUCCAUA